UCCUCCAAAGUCACACGUUUUUAUUCACUCCUGCACCCUCUUCACCAGCACACCAAGAAACCUCAGAAAACUACAGAACUCGAACUCAAAGAGUUUCAACGUGUGAAGAAGUAGAAGUGUAUAGUUGUGGUUUCAAUGAAUAGUACUGCAGCCAUGGCUGGUGGUGUUACGGAGGCGGGCCGGAAGUACAGCCUGAUAAACUUUGAAGAGACGGAGCUGCGUCUAGGGUUGCCGGGUGCGCUGAAAGACGGCGACCAAGGCGUGAAGAGCGGUAAUAAUGGGAAGAGAGGGUUUUUGGAGACGGUUGAUUUGAAGCUCAACUUUUCGUCGGGAAACGAUGAUCAGAAUCGGUCGGCUGGAGAUGGUCAGGUGGAGAUCAAGAAGGAGGCGGAUGCUUCUGCAGCUCCUGCUCCUCGUGCAAAGGCUCAAGUUGUGGGUUGGCCACCAGUCCGUUCAUUCCGAAAGAACAUUGUAACUGUCCAGAAGAAGAGCACAGAUCAGGAUCAGGCUGAAAAGACCGGCAGCACUAGUACUAGUGCGGCCUUUGUAAAAGUGAGUAUGGAUGGGGCACCAUACUUGCGCAAAGUCGAUUUGAAGUUGUACCAAAGCUACCAAGAGCUUUCUACUGCCCUAGGAAAAAUGUUCAGCUCCUUCACUAUUGGUAACUGUGGGUCACAAGGAAUGAAGGAUUUCAUGAACGAAAGCAAACUGAUAGACCUUCUGAAUGGUUCUGAGUAUGUGCCUACUUAUGAAGACAAAGAUGGAGAUUGGAUGCUUGUGGGAGAUGUACCAUGGGAGAUGUUCGUCGAUUCAUGCAAACGCUUGCGAAUAAUGAAGGGAUCCGAGGCAAUCGGACUUGCACCGAGAGCCGUGGAGAAGUUCAAGAACAGAAGUUGAAGGAGAAGAAGCUGCUCGCUUCGUCUGCUUGGUUGAUGGACACAAUCAAAUGUAAAAUUUGCAGACCGGCUCUACUCGGAAAUGGAGCACGAAGUUUGGAUGUGUCUGUGACUAUCUGUGUACCACGUUUUUUUCUUGUUUGGUGCUCUAGUGUUUUCCAAGUUUUAUGUAAGAAUAUAUUCGGAGAAUUGUUAGGAACAAGAAGCAAAUAAUAUUAUAGAUCGAAGAUGUUCAUAUUAUCUUGCUCAUGUGCUGAUGUGCCGAUUUUAACUAUUGUCUAUGGCUCCCUGCUUAAUAAUAUUACUAGCUACUCGUCAAGGAGUGCUUGGUUC